AUGAACUCCGUAGUUACAGUCCCUGAGAUCCACAAGGAUCCUAUGUACGAUUCAGGCAAAUAUGUUCCUCCAAAUGGAAAACUGAAUGUUCCUCCUCGCAUUUCCACAAAAGGUGCUGAAGGGGUCAACGGAGCUUCUCAUCCUAACCCCGACUUCGCGACACUUGCGCGGGAGGCUCUUUACAAUGCUCCUGUUAUGGUAGGCGGGAUGAAUUCAAACGGGCACUUCAGUCAGCGUCAAGUCAGUCCUCCAGGUCCACUAAUGCCUGGAAUGCCCCUGCAGCCGCCAAUUCCUCCGACUAUGUACUAUCCCGGUUUUGUCGGUGGUGCACCUAUCACUCCUGUGAAUUUCCCAUCCAUGCCAUGGGGAGCACAGGGCGCAGGAAUGAAUCAUACUCCCGCCACUUCCUGGUCUUUCGAGGAGAAGAAUCCUCUGAACGACUACUCCGGAACCAGUAAUGGCUUUCAUUCGUACGGUUCGAUAGUGGAACGUAGUGCAAUUCCGCCCUAUCCUAUUCUACCGGGAAUUCAUCUGCAGCAGCCCUGCCUUCAGUACCAAAUGAUGAAAACACCCAAUGGUUACAUUGUCCAGGAUAUGGAGUUGCUCACUCAACAGGAGCCUCCUAUUCCUCGGGCCAUUCCUGCCAUGUGGACCAACCAAUCUGACCUUACCCUUGCCAAGUGUCUUGAGAACCGCGAGGGAAUUACUAACGUCUACAUUCGUGGUUUCCCUCCCGAGACUACCGAUGAGAUGCUUCACGCAUACGCAUCUCGCUUCGGAGAAAUUGAUCGAUGCAAGGCAAUCGUCGAUCUAGAGACUGGACUUUGCAAGGGGCAAAAAAGUCGCAACUCACGCCUCAAGGACUUGGAGGACAGGAGCUCUACAAACAUUUACUGCACAAAUGUUCCGCUUGACUGGUCCGAGGCUGACUUACGCCGGCACUUUGAGCCUUAUCGUGUGGUCUCAGAGAAGAUAAGUCGUGAUGAGAAGACUGGAGUUAGCAAAGAAGUUGGAUUCGCCCGUUUCGAGAACCGCGACAUUGCUGAGCGUGUUAUUGAAGAAUUUCAUAACGUUGCUAGCAAGUCCGGACAUAAACUGCUUCUUCGUUUUGCCGACACGAAAGCCCAAAAGCUUUUGAAGCAGCAGUCUAAUGAACGUCGAGCCUAUCGUGCUGGGGAGUACAACUACUCGGUCGAGGUUGUACAAGGCUCAACCCCCUCUUCAGCUACUUCGCGAUUGGGAAAUGGACAGGCAUCGCCCCUGUCUUUUCAGUCUCCAGCAGGCGUAGGCCCAUCAUGGACUCCUGCCACAACAAUCUCUCCAUCGAUUCCUGUUAUGAAGAACGCUGGUUUCCGUCGUGGAAUGCAACCAUUCGGAGUCCGUACCUUAACAAAUGGUGAGAAUACUUCAUCAGCUUCACGUGGUCGAACUACUCCAGCUGGUCCCAACGUCUUGCCGGAGAAGGAAAAAAACACAAUCAUAUCGCCUUCCAAGACCACCGUUGCUGUGACUGUCACAACACCACGUACCCCUACGAAGAAAGCAGCCAUACCGCGUAAGUCCAGCUCCGUCUCACCGGUCACAUCACGAAAGAACGUUGAAAAGGCAUCCCCAAAGUCUGCUGCGGCUUAA